ACCUCGAAGAGCCGGUAUGUCAAUCCGACUCGGCCACGAACGACACAUAGCCAGUGUUUUGAGGAAAAAAAAGAAAGCACGGCGGUUAGCUGAUUCCUAACGGACGUGUGAGCCGAAAAUAUCUUGCGUCUAACCUAUUUCUUGUAGAUAUGGGACUAUUGGAUUCUCAGUGUUGCAGGUUAAAAGAAAUAACCGCCACAAAGUGGAAAUAGUGUUUUUGUCUAACGUUUAUGCGUUUGAAGUAAGCUACAUUGCUAAUUUAGCUCUACAAACGAGCAGGAAUAAGCUAACUCGUGCUGUUUCCUUUUUAUUUUAUGAUUUACUAUUUCAAUUAAUUCACGCAGGAUUGAAAAUGCCUCUAUAUGCAACGUUAGCUCACGCUUUCAACCCAAAUGAGUGAAACAAAAGGCUAUCUUUUCGAUGCUAGGCGAAGGGCUAGCUACAUUGAUUAACCGGCUGGAGUUAUUGUAACGCGACAGAAAUGGAUGAAAGUGCCGAUAACGACGACCUCGUCAUCAUCGUGGAGAACGAGGCUGAAAGUUUGCCCGCAGGGGAAGAGAAGGUGAAACAGUUGGGCGCUUUCGGGCUCAUGGACACAUGUCCCAUCUGCAAGCUGAGUUUCCACAACAGGGAGCCCAAACUGCUGCCGUGUCUGCACUCAUUCUGCCGGAGGUGCCUGCCUCCCCCGUUGAGGAGCGCCGAACCGAGGCGGGACCCGCACGGUCCAGUCGGUUCCAUUCGGUGUCCGGUGUGCGGACAGGAAUGCUGGGAGGUUGACGUGUUGGACAACUUCUUUGUCAAGGACUCCGCUGAGGUGCCCAGCAGCACGGUGGAGAAAACCAGCCAGGUGUGCAUGAGCUGCGACGACAACACCGAGGCGACGGGCUAUUGCGUGGAGUGCGUGGAGUUCCUGUGCUUGACGUGCAUCGAGGCGCACCAGAGGGUGAAGUUCACCCGAGACCACACCAUACGGCAGAAGGAGGAGAUGUCUCCAGAGGCUCUAGGCGUGUCCACGCAGAAGCCCGUCUUCUGCGACGUUCACAAGCAGGAGCCGCUGAAGCUGUUCUGCGAGACGUGCGACCGGCUCACGUGUCGAGACUGCCAGCUCCUCAAACACAAGGACCACAACUACCAGUUUUUGGAGGAUGCGUACAGGAACCAUAAGCAGUAUCUGGAAACCAUGACGCUGCAGUUGCAGGAGAAGAGAAAAGCCAUUGAAGAAGUGUCGAGCUGUAUCAACUCCGGACUGCAGCAAGUGGAGGAAAACCGGAAAGCUGUGACAAACGAAAUAAAGAAGUCCAUCUGUAACCUGAUCAUGGAGAUCAACAGGAAGGGAAAGAUCCUGAUAAACCAGCUGGAGGCGCUGACUAAGGACCACGAUUUGGCUCUGAAGAAGCAGCAGGAUGACAUCAACGCCCUGACGAGGCAGCUGGAUCACGUGAUCAGCUUCACCAAGUGGGCGACGGCGAGUCACAGCGGAACGGCUCUGCUGUACUGCAAGAGACUGAUCCUCUACCAGAUCCACUACCUGAUGAGAACGAGCUACAACCCGUCCAUCGUCCCGCAGAGCUCCGUUCGCUUCCAGUGCCGGUCGGGCUUCUGGGCCUCAAACGUAGACCUCGGUUCGCUGGUGGUCGAGCGAUGUCCAGGGAGGCCACCCAUCCCCAGCCAUCAGCAGGGCCCCAGACUGGAGGCCCCGACCGGGGGUCUUUCCCUCGCAGCAGCACAGCAGCGACAAAGCACUCUAGCUCAGCUCCAAAUGCAGGUUGACAAGCUCUCCCACCAUCCUCAGAGGCAGCCCCCUCCUAACCACUGGUCCUGGUAUCAGAAUGUGAGGCUCCCAGCUCCUCCAGGCCCCCCUCCACCUACCAGACCCAUCCAUGGGGGGUCUUCUCCCUCCCAAGCUCCCCCCAGCUUGGUGCAGCCUGGACGGAGGUACGGGAACAGCCAUCCAAACCCUCGGAGCCCUCCGGCGUCCAUGAUUCAGAGCCCAGGCUACGGAGCUUCACAGUCUCUACGAGAACUAAUCCACAGCUCCGCGUUCCCCCCUAAACCCAUCGACAUAUCGCAGGGCGCUCCCCGCUUCCCGCAGCCUCUGUCUGCUCCCCAGGCCGCUCUGCACCAGAGAUGCAUGCCGGAGUCGUCCCUCCUAAAGAGGAGCGAAGGCGGUCUGCCCGUCCCGACCGUCAGCAUCUCCGUCCCAAAACCCAGCAUGGGUUUGGGCCUGGCAGCCGGAAGCUCAGAAAAAAGCAGCAGCUCGUUUGGUCAUGUGACAGGUCAAGGAGGGCAGUACUCGCCGUUGGCAAAGCCGUCCUCUUCUGACAGAACCGCGGGGUCAUCGUCCUGGAGGUCAGCGCCUCCAUCAGCCCCGGCGCCGAAGCGAAGAAGGAGGAUGUCUCCGGGGCCCGUAAUCGUCAUCAAGGAUGAACCCGAGGACGAGGACGAAGUCCGUUUUGUGCAAUCCAGCAGCGGGUCGAGCCUACCGGACAGCAGCACCGGCGCUCAGUCGGAGCCCCGGCCGCCGCCGAAGGGACUGGUGGCGUCCACCACCCCGGCGUCCACCUCCGUCAACCAGUGCAAUCAGACCCAGUCGCAGCCCGACCCGGAAAAGAAACCGGUGCCAGAGGACGACCCCAACGAGGACUGGUGCGCCGUGUGUCAGAACGGCGGGGAGCUGCUCUGCUGCGACAAGUGCCCCAAAGUUUUCCACCUUUCCUGCCACAUUCCGGCUCUGAACGAGUCGCCGAGCGGCGAGUGGUUUUGCUCUUUCUGUCGGGACCCAGAGUCACCAGAGAUGGAGUACGACUGCGACAGAGGGCGUGGGCCGGGCUCCGAAAACUUCCCCUCUGUGGACAAAAGGAAAUGUGAGCGACUGCUGCUCCGCUUGUUCAGUAACGACUUCAGCACAGACUUCCAGCAACCUGCGUCUCCAUCGGAAACUCGGCGGUACAAGGAGUUAAUAAAGACGCCGAUGGAUUUGACGAUAGUGAAGAAAAAACUGCAGUCGAAGGAGGACGAGUGCUACGGAAGCCCGGAGGAGUUCGUUUCUGACGUCAGACUCAUAUUUUUCAACUGUGCCAAGUAUUACAAGGCGACAUCCGAGGUUGGGAGUGCCGGCUUGUACCUGGAGGAUUACUUCGAGGAGCAGCUGAAGCUCGUCUACCCGGACAAGGUCUUCCCAGGAGGGAGAGAGGAGCAGAUGAUCCCUCCUUUAGAGGACGAGAUCGAAGAAGAGGAGGAGCAGCCGACGGAGCCGAGCGCCGCCGCAGUGGAGGACAAGAAACCACAAAGCCCUGCAGGAGACGCAGACGGCGGAAUGGUUCCUAAGGAAGAACCGAUGGCUCCGGCAGAGAGCGAGAACCUGGAGGAAAGGAGCGAAGUGAGUCAAAAGGAGACAGAGGAAGGGACUGCAGACGUAGAGGGAGGCGUUCCUCCUGUAGACGAGGCGAAGCAAGAUGAACGCGUCGAUGGUGAGCAGGCGGAAAGCCGCCACUCUUGUGACACGGAAACUAAAGAUGGCGGCGAGGACGAGAAGGCGCAGCCGCCUGCGGACGACGCCGAGGACACACCGGACACUUCGGAGAAUCCAGCCUCGGAGCAGCAGGGAUAGACAGACCCCCCGCAGACUCUAGCAGGAUAGAUCAGAGAAGUCUUCCAGAGUCAUGGCCGUGGCGUCGGCCGCCACUAGAUGCAAUUAGAUCCUUUUUAUAACCCGUUCGAAGCAGAGCUGCUGCCGCUGCGUGGGACGGACUCUUAACGGCGGUUUGUGCUGCUGGUGAACAACAAAGAGAGUAAACAAACUCUGUUCUUUCGUAUCUACGACGACUGUGAAAAGCACACACGCGUGAGCUUCUCUGUGGAUCGUGUUUAAGUUAUGAAUUACUGUAAAUACGUCUUAAUAAUGAAAGCACAGUUGCUGAAGUAGGG